UUAUCGCGGUGUACCAGCGUGUAAAGACCUAGCCCAUCGACCCAUUAGUAACCCAGGGGCGUCGAUGCUGUCAAGUGGCACUUGAAACCGAUUAAAGCAGGCACCCGGGGGCGGUCAGAAAAGUGACGACGAGCAAGAAGAAGAAGAAGAAUACCACUGGAACAAGAUUUUCCUGGGGGAGGAAGCAGCCUUUGUACACUCGUGAAAAAGGCUUCCAUUAGUGUGUAUGUGUGUGUAUGUUUGUGGGUGAGAGUGUGCGCGAGUGAGUAAACGAUCGUACAGGAGUGUCGCGUGCAAUACGAUUCAGAUCGCUGCUAAGAGAAGCUUAAAGUAGUCGUUAGGACCCUUGAUUAGGUAAAAUCCAACCGCGGACAUCCCUUUGAAGAGCUUGACAGGACCAGCAAGACAGCAAGAACGAUCGCAGGGUCGAUUAAGUUGUAACCAUUUUCCGUUCUCCAGUUUCUGCUCAGUUCCCGAAUAAUCCCCACACCCCGUCGCAACAGGGUUUGAUGCUCACUUAAGUGUUUAGAAAUGGUUGUGAACUAGUUGUUAAACCUUUCCCCGCAUCGCAAGCAGACGCAAAGGUGUCACUUUAUCCCCCUUAACCCACAUCUACUCAAGGUUAGAGUUAGUCAGAGAGGCAAAACACCAGAAAAACCAUCAACCAACAACGAUUAUAAUCACCGAUCGUAGUCGAUCUGCAUCAUCCCACAAUAGACUCUAGUGUACAGCAAUACAGAAGAAAAACGAAAACCGUAUGUGUGCGUGUGUUUGUGUGAAUAAGUGUAUAGUUGUGUUUGUGUUUGUGUGUGUGUUUGUGGAAACCUUUUAGGGAAGCAAAUCUUCGCAGCAGUUAAUAAUCCGCUGCCGUUUAGUCCCUUAAUCCUGCGUUAGUGCAUUAACAGAGUCUACCUUUAGGCGCACAGAACACAGAAAAGGGUAAUUGCAUACUUUCACAGCCUUUCGCUUGUGGAUUUGUCUGGGGACUUAAAAAAAACCGAGGCUGUCUGUACAUUUGCUUCCAUUUCGAGUGCUUAUCGCGGUGGCUGAGUGUUUGCAAGCGUGUGAGCGGCGUUUAAUAUCGCACAUGAAUUUGUACGGCACGUGUGGCGCUGUCAUAAUACUGUGUGCAUCUGUCGUACCGCUGUAACAAGCUUCCUUCCCCCCCCCCCCAGAACGGGAGGCUCUUUUGCGCUAAAAGCGCAAAACAAGAAAACCCCAAGCCUCCUUGAUUGUACCCUGUGAACCUUCCAGUCCUUCCGGGCCACGAUAGCUGACACAAUCUUCCGGUCGUCGUCGCCGUCGUUGUGAUACAGCUGCUCAACCAGACGGAAAAGGGGUGAAACACACUGCACAGGGCAAAGAACAAAGGCAAGCUGGUAAGAGGAAAAAACAACGAACGGGGUAAACAAUUGUCAAAGCAAAAGCUCACCCACUCGAUGUUCUGGUUCAACAUGUUCACUCGCUAAAAUUAUCAAAACAGCAUCUCAAACCUCCGUGGAAGACGCGAGGUGCAAAAGGACACACUGCGUGCCUCAGUAGAGUAAAAAAAAGAGGACACAGCAACACAGCGUGCAAGGAAAGAUACACACACACACACACGGGGUAGCAUGUUUUUCAUUUCACCGCCUGCUCACGGGUGUGGAAAAACGACAGGCAACCUACGGCAGCAGCAGCAGCAGCAGCAGCAGCAGCAGCAGGAACAACGGUCGUGAUUCCGGGGAUUCCCUGUUCCGUCCUACCAGCUGGCGUGAGCCCGUCCUGUUUUUCGGGUGGGAGUUUUUCCAACGAAAAAUGUGUCCCAACGCAGACAGGCGUGAAAAGCACCGGGUAAGGGAUGCUCUCGAUGUCGUGCUCGAGACGGCAUAGAGCGGGUGACUUGUUGGGAGUGGAAAAGAAAGGGAACGCAACAGAGCCGACGUAUUUGCUCCCGCUACAGGACGCCUUUCUAAUCGGGUAAAAUAUCUCCCGACUUCCCGGGAGCCGCCGGUGCGCGAGGUCAAACGAGCAUAACCUUUACCGGGAGUUGCACUGCACACUACACGCUACGUGUGCCAUUCGGCGCAUUCAGCUUACCCAACUCUGAACUUUGGACCGUUUUGGCCCAGCGCGUUAAACACGUAAUAAUUUUCUUGGACGCGCAGGCGGACGUCUUUGCAGUUGCAGAACGGUGUGAAGCACGUGCCGAUAGUUCCGUAGCAAGAAGUCGAGCCCUCGGGGCGGCACCAGGCACACUCGCUUCUUCGAGCUUCGAACCUUUGCAGACGAACGCUGGCAGUCGUGCUGCUUCGUGCUAGGUCGGCUAGCGGACGGUAGGGAGAGGUGAUAAAAAACACCAAUUUUUGGGGCAAAAGGAAGGAAGCGGUUUCCCUCACACUUGUGAAGUGAAAAUUGCAGUGAAGUGGAAAACGGUGUCCACCGUCCGCAGCAAGACGCGGUCAAGUGCGAGCGCCAGAAGCCAGUAGCAAAACAGUGUGAAGUCAAGAGGAUAGAAGGCCUGCGUGAAGUGUCGUUGCUGGUUGAAGCACCUUUCCCCGCAAAGGUGGUACCAGAACGGACCGUUUUCCUUCUUCGUUGCAUCGCGUUCGCUCGCUUCGGAAGGGAUAAUCAGUAAAAUCAAUAAACAAAACAUGUCCCGGCGGUUAAGGCAGCAUUUCCGUUCGAUCCAGUGAGAAGGUGUGCCGGAAGCGAGCGCCACACGCACACAUACGGUGUGUCAGUGCAGUGAAGUGUAUUUUGUAUUCAUUUCAUUUCUUCGUUCGGUGCAGGACGGGAAGGAGAGUGGUUUUGUGUGUGUGUGUGUGUGAUGUGUCGUGUCGUGGUCGGUGAAAAACAUCCCCAACAUCCGACCGAGCAGGAGCAGCAGCGGCAGCAGCUGACUGACUGAGCGCAAAACACUGCGUGUCGAUUUAUUUGCCAUCCAAGUGUGUGUGUGUGUGUGUGUGUGUGAUUGUGCUUGGGCAGCGGAAGGUUGGAAAAUCGAAAUCAGAAAAUCCUUGGUUGGUGUUCUGGCGCGCGCGCUCCGUGCAUGCCAGUGUGUCCGCAGGAAGCGCACGAAACGACGCCUGUACGAUGAGCGGCUACCAGCAGCAAGGAAAAUCGCGCCACUAUCCGAGAUACUCGCUCAACAGCUCGGACAACGAGGACAGUCCGAUCCAUCGGUCAAUCUACGCCCAGCCGUACAACGCCAUCGGCACGGCCGAAAGACAAUCAAAUUUCACUUACCGCACCGCCAAGGGCGGCAACGUGCCCGGGGCGAUCGGCCCGGCCGCCACCACAGUCAAUCCGCUCACCCUCAACACACCCUCGUCCGAGAACGGUUCCAGUGCGACGCUGACCGACGCGGAAGCUUCGCUCGCCCGGGAAAACACGCUGCUCGUCAAUAACGGCUGUCUCCUGGACGGAGUUCCGCCUUCAGCUCCACCGGAUGUACCACCGCGCAAUCCAACCAUGAAUCGAAUGAAUGGACGCGUCACCGGCAAUCCUACCGAGCUGGGUGUAGACUUCGAACCGUCGUGUCUGGUCCGGACGCCGUCCGGCAACGUUUACAUUCCGAGCGGAAAUCUAGCAAUUAACAACAAAGGCUCACCGAUAGACUACAAGACCGGGUCCGCCUGCUCGACACCGACGAAGGACACGCUGAAAAGCUACGAUCGCAACUGCAUGGGUCCGGUACUGCCGCCCCGCAGCACGAUGUGCGGACCGCCGGCCCACCACUACUCGGCCCCGCUCAACUUCCGCAAGGGCUUCACCUUCACCAAAUGUACAUGGAAGUGUACCGCUAUCUUAGUGAUACUAUUAAGUGUUAUACUCGUUAUAACAUUAUUAUUAACAGCAUCUAACGUAUUAAGUAUAUCAUAUCCAACCACCAACCCCUGUACAGUUCUAGUCGACGAGAAGGCAGAAAUCUCCGCAGCCAAAAGCACGAUAGCGGACGCAAACCGGGCCGGCAUACCGGGCGGCGGCGGCGACGGCCUCGGCCUCGACCAGUCCGCCCUGGCGCCGUCCGCUUCCGGUCGGCCGAAAUCGAUCGCGGCCGAUGAAUCGUCCCCCGGCGGUUCGGCGUCCGGUUCGUCCUCGCUAUCGGCCGCCUCGACGGCAGCGACUGGCAAGGCAGCCGGUACAGGCGGCACGGCAGGCACAGGUGCACGAACGUUCCCGGCGCGAAGCUUCCCACCGGACGGUACCACCUUCUCGCAGAUCACGCUCGGCCAGCGGCUGUCGAAGGAGAUCCCACCGUACAGCUACUGGAACAUGCAGUUCUACCAGUCGGAGCCGGCGUACGUCAAGUUCGAUUACAGCAUCCCCCGGGGCGCCUCGAUAGGUGUGUACGCGCGCCGCAACGCCCUGCCGACGCACACGCAGUAUCACUUCAAAGAGGUCCUGAGCGGAUUCAAUGCGCGCCAGACACGUGCCACUCACCCAUCGAUGCGUCGAGAGGUCACACGCUACAUGGAGCCGGGCCACUGGUUCCUGUCGAUCUACAACGACGAUGGCGACGCGCAGGAGAUUGCGUUCUAUGCGGUUGUCGCGGAGGAUAUGACCCAGAACUGCCCGAACGGCUGCUCCGGCAAUGGUCAGUGUCUGCUAGGGCACUGCCAGUGCAAUCCCGGCUUCGGUGGCGACGAUUGCAGUGAGAGUGUCUGUCCCGUCCUGUGCUCACAGCGUGGCGAAUACAUUAACGGCGAAUGUCAGUGCAAUCCGGGCUGGAAGGGCAAGGAGUGCUCGCUGCGCCACGACGAGUGCGAAGUGCCGGACUGCAAUGGCCACGGACACUGCGUCAGCGGCAAGUGCGGCUGUGUGCGCGGCUACAAGGGCAAAUACUGUGAAGAAGUUGACUGUCCCCAUCCGACCUGUACCGGGCAUGGGUUCUGUGCCGAGGGUACCUGCAUCUGCAAGAAAGGCUGGAAGGGCCCGGACUGUGCCACGAUGGACCAGGACGCACUGCAAUGUCUGCCCGACUGCUCCGGCCACGGUACGUUCGAUCUGGACACGCAAACCUGCACCUGCGAGCCCAAGUGGAGCGGUGAGGAUUGCUCCAAGGAGCUGUGCGAUCUGAACUGUGGCCAGCACGGGCGAUGCGUGGGCGAGACGUGCAGCUGUGAUGCCGGAUGGGGCGGCGAGUACUGCAACAACAAGCUGUGCGAUCCACGGUGCAACGAGCAUGGCCAGUGCAAGAACGGAACCUGCCUGUGCGUGACCGGAUGGAACGGCAAGCACUGCACACUGGAAGGAUGUCCGAGCGGCUGCUCCCAGCACGGCCAGUGUCAUGUGAGUGGCGAGCUGAUGUGGGAAUGUCGCUGCUACGAGGGCUGGGACGGUGCCGACUGUUCGGUACCGCUCGAACAAAACUGUGGCGACAAUAAGGAUAACGAUCGUGAUGGCCUAGUCGACUGUGAAGAUCCGGAGUGCUGCGGCAGUCACUCGUGCAAAACGAGCCAACUGUGCGUGUCCGCCCCGAAACCGAUCGACGUGCUGCUGCGCAAGCAGCCGCCCGCCAUUACCGCCUCCUUCUUCGAGCGCAUGAAGUUCCUGAUCGACGAGGGUAGCCUGCAGAACUACGCCAAGCUGGAAACGUUCAACGAAAGCGUUUUUUGGAAUCAUUUUAAUGCAAGCCGUUCCGCCGUCAUACGUGGGCGCGUAGUUACCUCGCUCAACAUGGGACUGGUCGGAGUGCGUGUCAGCACCUCGACCCCGCUGGAAGGCUUCACCCUCACCCGGGACGAUGGGUGGUUCGAUCUGAUGGUGAACGGUGGCGGUGCCAUCACGCUCCAGUUUGGCCGCUCGCCCUUCCGUCCGCAGACGCGCAUCGUCCAGGUGCCGUGGAAUGAGGUCGUCAUCAUCGACACGGUUGUGAUGUCCACCUCGGACGACAAAUCGCACCAUGGGCCACCGCACACCUGCUUUUCGCACGACUACGAUCUCAUGAAGCCGGUUGUGUUGGCCACGUGGAAGCAUGGAUUCCAGGGAGCUUGCCCUGAUCGCAGUGCCAUCUUGGCAGAGUCGCAAGUCAUCCAGGAAUCGCUCGCCAUCCCCGGAACUGGGCUAAACCUUGUCUACCAUAGCUCCCGUGCGGCGGGCUAUCUGUCGACGAUCAAGCUGCAGCUCACACCGGACGUGAUCCCGCCGACCCUGAAGCUCAUCUAUCUGCGCAUCACCAUCGAGGGCAUUCUGUUCGAGCGCGUGUUUGAAGCGGACCCUGGCAUUAAGUUCACCUACCCCUGGAAUCGGCUCAACAUCUACCGGCAGCGUGUGUACGGCAUCACGACUGCGGUCGUUAAGGUGGGCUACCAGUACACCGACUGCAAGGACGUGGUGUGGGACGUGCAGACGACCAAGCUGAGCGGGCACGACAUGAGCAUCUCGGAGGUGGGAGGCUGGAACCUGGACAUCCACCAUCGGUACAACUUCCACGAGGGCAUCCUGCAGAAGGGCGAUGGGUCGAACAUUUACCUGAAGCACAAGCCGCGCGUUAUACUGACCGCGAUGGGCGAUGGACAUCAGCGACCGCUCGAGUGUGGUGAUUGCAAUGGUGUGGCGACGAAGCAGCGGCUGCUGGCGCCGGUUGCGCUAGCGGCAGCCCCGGACGGCAGUCUUUACGUUGGGGACUUUAACUACAUCCGACGGAUCAUGAUCGACGGCACGGUACGGACGGUGGUGAAGCUGAAUGCGACGCGCGUCUCUUACCGCUAUCAUAUGGCGUUGAGUCCGCUGGAUGGAUCGCUGUACGUUUCGGACCCCGAGUCGCAUCAGAUCAUCAAGGUGCGCAACAAGGACGAUACUCACGAUCCCGAUCACAACUGGGAGCCGGUGGUGGGCAGUGGCGAACGUUGUCUUCCCGGCGACGAAGCUCACUGUGGAGAUGGCGGGCUGGCACGGGAUGCGAAGCUUGCCUAUCCGAAGGGUGUGGCGAUCUCGUCCGACAACAUUCUGUACUUUGCUGAUGGUACCAACAUUCGCAUGGUAGAUCGUGACGGUGUGAUCAGCACGCUGAUCGGUAACCAUAUGCACAAAUCCCACUGGAAGCCGGUCCCGUGUGAGGGUACUCUGAAGAUUGAGGAGAUGCAUCUGCGUUGGCCGACGGAACUGACGAUUAAUCCGCUUGAUGAUACGCUGCACAUAAUCGACGAUCAUAUGAUCCUGCGCAUGACACCGGACGGUCGAGUUAGAGUCAUUGCUGGAAGGCCGAUGCACUGUGCCACUGCUGGUGGUUCCGGCACGGGUGUUAGCACGGGUGUAAGUGGAGCGUCCUCUGUUGCUUCGUUCAGCUACGACACAGAUCUUGCGAUCCACGCAACACUCGUUAUGCCGCAGAGCAUUGCCUUUGCUCCUUCUGGUGAUCUUUACGUGGCGGAAAGUGACUCUCAGCGCAUCAACCGUAUCCGCGUGAUCGGUACUGAUGGGAAGAUAUCUCCAUACGCCGGUGCAGAGUCAAAGUGUAACUGUCUCGAGCGGGGAUGCGAUUGCUAUGAAGCCGACCACUAUCUAGCAAUCAGUGCGAAGUUUAACACGAUCUCUGCCAUUACUGUGACACCAGACGGACAUGUCCACAUCGCAGAUCAGGCCAACUAUCGCAUCCGCUCCGUUAUUUCAAGUCUUCCGGAAGCGGGAACCUCCAAGGAGUACGAGAUCUACGCCCCGAACGCACAGGAGAUCUACGUCUUCAAUCGCUUCGGUCAGCACAUCGCAACCAAGAACAUCAUGACGGGCGAGACGGUGUACAGCUUCCUGUACAACGUGAACACCUCGAACGGCAAGCUGAGCACGGUGACGGAUGCGGCUGGAAACAAGGUGUUCCUGCUGCGCGACUACACCUCCCAGGUGAACUCGAUCGAGAACACGAAGGGUCAAAAGUGUCGGCUGCGCAUGACGCGCAUGAAGAUGCUGCACGAGCUAAACACACCGGACAACUACAACGUGACGUUUGAGUACCACGGGCCUACUGGGCUGCUGAAGACGAAGCUUGACUCGACUGGUCGUUCGUACGUGUACAAUUACGAUGAGUUUGGAAGGCUAACGUCGGCGGUGACGCCCACUGGCAAGGUGAUUGAUCUGACGUUUGAUCUGAGCGUGCAGGGCGCCACCGUGAAGGUGACCGAGAACUCGCAGCGCGAAGUGUCGAUGCUGAUCCAGGGCUCGUCGGUUGUGUCCAAGGUGGGAGAAGCGGCUACCAAGACAACGGUAAUGCUCGACGGUGGUACUACGAGCGUUUCCCCCUGGGGUAACGCCGUGUCGGUUGAGUCUGUCCCGUACGUACUGCUUGCGGAAGUUGAUCCACUGCUCGGUGAAAGCUACCCGGUACCCUCGAAACAACGCACAGAGAUCAAUGGUGAUCUGUCGAAUCGCUUCGAGUGGCGUUACUUCAUCCGCCAUGUGCCGGUGAGGGGCAAAAAUGCACGCACACUAACGCAGGUUGGAAGAAAGUUGCGUGUAAACGGAGAAAACCUGCUCACGUUCGAGUACGAGAAGGACACAUCCUCGAUCACAGUCUCCGUGGACGAUAAGACCGAGCUGCUGAACGUAACGUACGAUAAGUCAUCGCGCCCGAUCGCGUACAGACCACAGUCGGGCGAGUACGCGGACGUCGACCUGGAGUACGAUCGGUUCGGCCGGUUGAUCUCGUGGAAGUGGGGCAACCUGAAGGAGGAGUACACGUUCGAUCGGGCCGGUCGGCUGAACGAGAUCAAGUACGGUGACGGCAGCUCGAUCGUGUACGCGUUCAAGGACACGUUCAGUAGUUUGCCGCUCAAGGUGACGACACCGCGCCGGUCGGACUAUCUGCUGCAGUACGAUGAUGCGGGUGCGCUACAGUCCCUCACGACUCCACGCGGACACAUUCACGCGUUCUCGCUGCAGACUUCGCUCGGGUUCUUCAAGUAUCAGUACUAUUCGCCGAUCAAUCGACAUCCGUUUGAGAUUCUGUACAGCGACGAGGGACAGAUACUGGCGAAGAUUCAUCCACACCAGAGCGGGAAGGUGGCGUUCGUGCAUGACAGUGCAGGAAGGUUGGAGACGAUCCUGGCCGGGUUGUCCUCCACGCAGUACACGUACCAGGAGAGCACGAGUCUGGUGAAGCAGGUGGAGGUGCUCGAGCCUGGCUUUGAGUUGCGGCGCGAGUUCAAGUACCAUGCCGGGGUGUUGAAGGACGAGAAGCUGAAGUUUGGCUCGAAGAGUGGACUGGCGUCGGCACACUUCAAGUAUCAGUACGAUGGCAAUGCCAGGCUCAGUGGCAUCGAGAUGGAUGUGAACGGGAAGGAGCUACCGAUCGUGAGGUUCAAGUACGGACCGGCUCAAGGUACGCUGGAUGCGGUGAGUGAUCUGCGCAUCACCCGCAAUGCCUUCAAUCGUACCGUGGUGCAGGACACUUCGAAGCAAUUCUUCACGAUCACUGACUUUGACGAGCAUGGCCGGGUGAAGAGUGUGCUGAUCAACAUCAAAUCGUUCGAUGUGUACCGACUGGAGCUAGAUUACGAUCUGCGAAACCGUAUCCGCACGCACAAGGUGAUGGUGGGCCGAUCGACUUCCCUCGACAAGGUAAACUACAACGCGGACGGGCACGUGAUGGAGGUGGUCGGCACGAACAGCUGGAAGUACGUGUACGAUGAGAAUGGUAACAUCAUUGGCAUUCUGGAGCAGGGUGAUAAGACGAAUCUCGGCUACGAUACGGGUGAUCGGGUGGUGCAGGUUGGAGAUGUUGAGUUCAAUAGCUACGAUGCACGUGGAUACGUAGUGCGGCGAGGUGAGCAGAAGUAUCGCUACAACAACCGGGGUCAGUUGAUCCAUGCGAUGGAGCGCGACCGGUUCCAGACGUGGUACUUCUACGAUGAUCUCGGCCGGCUGGUGGCGUGCCACGAUGAGAAGGGCAAUGUGACGCAGUACUUCUACGCGAAUCUGAACGCACCGGAGCUGAUCACGCACAUCCACUACCCGAAGGCGGGCCGUACAUCUAGACUGCUGUACGACGAUCGGCACAUGUUGAUCGCCAUCGAGACGGGUGAUCAGCGGUACUACGUGGCGACGGAUCAGAACGGUUCACCGAUUGCACUGUUCGAUGUCGGCGGUGCGAUCGUGAAGGAGAUCCGCCGCACUCCGUUCGGCAAGAUUGUGAAGGACACCAAUCCGGGACUGUUCGUGCCGAUUGAUUUCCACGGUGGGCUGCUCGAUCCGAACACGCGGCUAGUGUACAUGGAGCAGCGGCUGUACGAUACGGGCGUGGGCCAGUGGAUGACACCGGCCUGGGAGCAGCUGGCGACGGAGAUGCGCCACCCGACGGACGUGUUUAUCUACCGGUUCCACAACAACGAUCCGAUCAAUCGGCGCGAACCGGAGGGUAACUACAUGAACGAUCUGCGCUCCUGGCUGAAGCUGUUCGGGUACGACGUGACGAAGAUGCAGGGAUCGCGGUACACGCGGGACAUGAUCUACCGGCCGACGGCAACGAUCAAGUCGCCCCAGCUGGCGCCCGACUUUGGCGUCAUGUCCGGGCUGCAGUGCAUCGUGGAGAAGGUGGACGAGAAGUUUGCCGACUUUGGGUUCAUCCCGAAGCCGCUGCUGAAGAUGGAGCUGAAGACGCGUAACUUGCUGCCGCGCGUUGCCUAUCGGCGCGGCGUGUUCGGCGAGGGUGUGCUGAUCUCGCGCAUCGAUGGCCGGGCGCUGGUGAGCGUGGUGGACGGAUCGAACAGUGUGGUGCAGGACGUGGUGUCGUCCGUGUUCAACAACUCCCACUUCCUCGAUCUGCACUUCAGCAUCCACGAUCAGGACGUGUUCUACUUCGUGAAGGACAACGUGAUGAAGCUGCGCGAUGAUACGGAGGAGUUGCGCCGGCUUGGCGGUAUGUUUAACAUUUCCGCGCACGAAAUCAACGAUCACGGUGGAGCGAAUGGGAAGGAACUGCGUCUGCACGGUCCCGACGCGGUCGUGAUCAUCAAGUACGGAGUUGAUCCUGAGCAGGAGCGUCAUCGGAUUUUGAAGCACGCGCACAAACGGGCGGUCGAGCGGGCGUGGGAGCUGGAGAAGCAGCUGGUAGCGGCCGGAUUCCAGGGCCGUGGCGACUGGACGGAGGAGGAGAAGGAGGAGCUGAUCUCGCACGGCGAUGUGGACGGAUGGAUCGGGGUGGACAUACACAGCAUCCACAAGUAUCCGCAGCUGGCGGACGAUCCGGGCAAUGUGGCGUUCCAGCGGGACUCGAAGCGGAAGCGCCGAAAGAGCGGCGGAACUUCUAGUGGUGGUGGUGGCGGUGGUCACAAGGCAAAGCGAGAGCAUCGUCACGAGACGAUCAUCCUGCCAUUGCCGGUGGCGUCCGUUGCACCAUCGACUUCCGUGCCGACGUCUUCCAUGUCGUCCGCUACGUCAACGUCAGCGUCUGCGCCUGCUUCCUCCUCGGUAGCAUCAUCGUCGUCAGCGUCAGCGGCGUCAUCGUCGGCGCCUACUUCCGCGUCCUCGGUGCCAUCUUCGGUGCCGGCCGUCGUAGUGACGUCAGCCUCGGCAGCAACGGUACGGCCGAGCGCCUCCACGUGAAGCCCCUAGGUGAGGGGGGUUCGUCGUCUGCUUCCCGCAGCAUAGGAUGUUCUAGAUAUUGUGAUAUACAUAGGAGUUACUUUCCGUUUUGCGCCGUACUUUUCGGUUUACCCCGUCAGUGUGUGUGUAUGUAUGUAUGUGUAUGUUUCUUACGUUUUAUGGAGCAUGUUUUGUAAGAACGCGCUAAUCGAGGUGUAAAAGUGUAGGCAAAACAAACAAAAACAUCAAAUCCCCCAAUGUCUCCCCUUUCUGGAAGAUUCGGAGAUCACGCAUCACACGUAUCACACAGAGCGAUGGAUGACACUCACACAGUGGCACAGAUCAUCUCACGAUCAUCGAUCGAUUUGCUUUUUUUAGAGAGAGAAAGAGACGCCAUUCCUUCACAGUGACACAUUGACUAGUAGAGGCGUAACGUUGAGUAACGUUACGUUUAGCAGCGCAUAUUGAGAUGUAUAGCUAUAGAUAAUUAACACACAUACACACCAGCAGACACGUACUCCACAUUGUGCGGUAGGGUCAUUUAGAGCACUUGAGAAUCUCAACGUGACACAAGCAGCGUACGUUGAAUUUCUUUUUAAUCGUCUCAUAAAACAGUAGAUGGGGUGUUUUAACCACUGCGAUGUUUCACUGCGCUGCAGGGUUACUCGCUCGCUCGCUCGCUCUUUUUCCUGCCCAAUCGUUGAGAAGCGCAAUAAACGUCGGAUGGAAGCGCCGCUAGUACCGUGUUAGCCGUGCCAUAAUUGUACCCGUUCCAUUUACAGAGAGAGAGAGAGAGAGAGAGAGAGAGAGAGAAACACACACACAAUCACAGAAAGCAUUGUAUAAGUAUUUGGCGCGCUAACGUCCACGUUGGGCCACUCAGCAGGAGGUUUGGGAGCUCCAAGAGAGAAGCUCGGAACGUUUUGUACAGACUCGCAUAGACUAUUUACCACAAUUGUAAAACCGAAAGCACACGCCAUAACAAAGGAACAGGGCUUUAGGGGAUUGGCUUUUGUUUCAAUGUCAAACUCAUCGUCUAAUGCAAUGAAAUCAACACACAACACGCAGCACACCUUGUGCCACCCUUUUCUUUCGUUUUUUUUCCUCUAUUAGGUAAUCUUUCUCUCUGUAGCGCCUCAUACACAGGUCAUACACAACACAUAAGAAAACCCACCAAAUAAUAUAUUGCAGAGUAAAAUAAGCACAGACACACGGACAGACAGACAGAUCCAAACAACACAACACUAGAGUAAACUCAAGACAUGAAACUACUACCACUCAAAUGGUUGAUUAAACUUUAAAAGUCACGUCUUCGCCGAACCUGGCUGGUUCGUUACAUUCGCAUUUCCAUUUCUUUGGCUUCUACAGGGUAUUUGUAACGGAGGAGGAGGAGGAGGAGGAGGAGAAGGAAGCAGAAUAGAGGGAAAGAAGAAUAGAAGAAAAAAAACAUUGUAAACCAAUAGACGAGUAAAGCCUAGAAUAGUGUGCAAAUAUGUAACGAACAAAAACAAGAAGCGGAAAGCGAGCGCAAAGAAUAGGUAAAAAAAUGUAGAACUCAGCAAAAACUAAACGUGUAAAAGGAGACAAGCGAACAAAACACACUAAAACAGUACAGUAGAGCAGAAAAGUGUUGUAGUUGUGAGUAUCUUUGUGUUUUUCCUCUUUCUCUUUCCUUUGUUUCAUUCCGUGACAUUGCAUAUCGUCAUUAGAUCACUCUUUCUGCUGAACAAAACUGCCCUAAAGGUGGGUUGUUUGAGGUAUGUGGGCAAGAGAGAGAGAGAGAGAGAGAGAGAGAGAGAGAGAGAGAGAGAGAGAGAGAGAGAGAGAGUCUUAUCCGCUUAUCAAACGCCCCCAGGCAUAGGAAAUCCGUGUAAUUGUUUGUUCAUGUGUAUUUGUGAGUGUGUAAGAGAGGUGAAUCUCAGCGUAGAAAGUGAUCGAGGAGCGUUCUCUCUUAGUAUGACUGAUUCGACAUUAGUAGCAAGGAAAUGAGUGUGAGGAUGCGUGUGUGGUUUUAGCAACGAGAAGGACGAAAGUGUGCGAUCGUAUCGUGGGCAUGUGUAACAAUGAUUGUGGUGUGGGUUUUAAACGGGAAUGAGAGGGUUGAGUAACGACCAUGCGAAGUCUGAAAGGAUGCGGAACGGAAUAGGAAUAUUAGGUCUUAUAGACGCAAGCGAUUGCAGCAGCAGAACGACUAUGUAAUAGAUGUCGCUCCCACACGACAACACAGCAGAUCACACAUACAUACACACACGAGUCAGGGGGUUGGGGGGAGGGAGCAAAGGUUGAUGGAUGAAAUCUUAAAAGCAAUAUAGAAAGUGACGAGCGAAAAAGAAAACUGGUGGCAAGCGCCCCUGUAGUAAGCAGAUACUGGUAGUGUGUACUAAAAAAACCUGUGGAAAAAAAUACUACUAAAAACAAAAAUGUCACCGAACGCGUCAGAGCUCGGUCGUAAACGUUGUGAAACUGUAGAUGAAUUCUUGUUUUCUCUCCCAUUCCCUUUCAUUUCCCUUCCCUUUCUAACUAAAACGCGAGCUAUUUUCCAAUCCUAAAACAAAAACAAAAAACAAAAGAAUAUCUUCCAUCCAGAAAAACCUAAAAAACAAAAUGUGUGAAAUGAUGCAAAAAAGAGAAAAAAAAAGAUUCAUUUGCGUAUUUUCAACUAGGCAAACAAAUGUUGUGCAAUCAAAGAAAAAAACGAAAAUAGUCGAAGUAACUAAAACAAAGCAAAAAAAGAAGAAGAAACAUUACGAAAAUCGUGACAUUGUAGAGUAGCUUGUAAGAAGCAGCAAACUAGAGUUGAACGCACCUUCAUUCGGUGCAAAAGUGCUUCAUGGAUGGAUGAAUGUGUUUGUUUGAAAAAGAUUUGUUUUACGUGUUAAGUUCAUCUUUAGCGACUAGAGACGACUACUCCCAUGCCUUCCGUAUCCGUUACUUUCCUAUAAAACACGUACACACACACACGCAUACAAAAAUCAUUCGGUGAAGUAUAGAAAGUGGAGCUACUCGCAUGAUAAUGCAAAAUGUGGAAAAGAAACCCUGCUCCUCCUCCUCCUCCUCCUUCCCCAUCCUCCUUCCCCAGACACAAGUAGUGUUUAAGGCUAAUUGGUGACGCGCCUACUGUGAGUGUGUCGUCUUGCAUGCAUGUAAAACUUUGUAAAUAUAUUGUUUAGUGAUAAAAAGAAGGGAAUGAAAAAGAAAACAGGAAGAGUGACGAGGAAGCGAAAAAGCGAGAAGAAAGAAGUUGUAAAGAAAACAGAGUGAAAAAAAAACAAAGACGAAACCAUAACAAACGAUAAAAAAAAACGUCCGUGGCUAAGGAAAGAAGUUAAAGAAAGAAGGAGACAAAUGAGAUAAAAACAAAAGUGGAAACAUUUGAACAUGAGCGCAAGAAACAUGACAUUUUUUAAAACAUUAAACUGGAACGCGGAGAUGAUCACACAUCCCCUUUCCGCUCCCUCCCCCCCCCCCUCUUUUCGCGCGCCCCCUUUGAAGAAAAAGUCACGGUGGGAAGAGGAGGGGUCGGUGAAACCGUUUUUUUUUGUAAAUAUACCAAAAACUAAUGAUAACGCAAUAUUUGACGUGAGACGCAACACAUUAAAGCAGUGUGAAAGCUGUUGUGAAUUUAAAAGUGGAAGAGAAUUGCAGAGUAAGCAGAAGAACACAUUAGUAAGUGAGAAUUGUAGUAGCGAUGGAAGUAAAAAAAUGAAAAAGAAAAGCAAAGAGAAAGAGAGCGAGAGGGAGAAAAAAAAACCCGGAUUGAAACACGAACGUAGUAGUUGUAGAAAGAAUUAAACAAAGUUUAGCACAGAACAAGUAAAACUGUGCGUCAAGCACCCGCGUCACCUUUGCAGCGCACAUUGGUGAGCUGUGCGGGGUGUGUAUGUAGAUUUGAUUUUUGUUUUCUUCUCUGUGAAUCGCUCUUUCUCUCUCUGUUUGCUAAUGGGAAAUUCUCAAAUGGAGAUAAGAUAACAACCACACACACAAACAGAUAAGCCAUAGGACGGAGGGCAAUGUUGUGUCGUGAAAAUUGUAUAAAUUUUACCUAAGGCAUAGUAGUGGAACGAAACGAAUUGGAGAAGCGCGAGAAAAAGCCGCGACAGUAGGAAACCGUUGAAAAAAAAAGCAAAGAGAAGAAGAAGAAAAAUCCACGUAAAGUAAGUUUAAACAAACAAAAGCAAAAGCAAAAGUAAAAGAAAAGCAGCAAAAAAAAAACAUACACAAAUAGUAGCAAACAAAACGUGAGAAUUGUUGUGGUGUAGAGACAGGAAGCAGAGCAAACAAAAAGUUGCAAAACAAACGCGCAGAAAGGCAACGCCGCGUUAAUGAUAACAUC